CCACGUUCCCAGUGACGUAGAAAACACCAGGAAGUAACACAGGCGGCUAAGUGGCUAGCUCGGGGCUAGCAUGUAGAAAUGAAAUCAAAUCUGGAAAAAGACUGACUUUCCACCCACGGUAAGGCAAGUUGGACUGUGAAAGCGGUUCGCUGCGAUGCUUGUUAAGGUUAAAUGCGAAGAGGUGUUUGUCUCCAUGACGUUUAUACAUAAUGCGAACAAGUGUAAAGCCUAAAUGCACUGGAGCUUAGAGGAGUUUGCUACCUCACAUCAGCAAAUCCGUUCAAGUGUUUUAUUUCGGUUUGUGUUAAUGGGUAGAAGUAGGGAACUUAUAGACAUGGCAGUACUCUCGGUUUGGGGUUGUCUGUGAGCUGAUAUCGAACCUCCACACACUGUGCAAACAUGUAUGUGAUGAUAUGGAUACAAGCCUAUUCAGACUGCGCUGCAAAGGUUACUUUGGAUGACAAUGACCAAGGCAAAGGGUCAAAAGGUUUCUUCUUUAUUCCUACUUUUUAAAUGUUAAAUAAAAUUGAACAUCUCAGCUACAAAUCGGCUGCAAAGUUUUAAUGUGCGGCUUUGUUGACACUGUCAGAGAGGUGUCGACGUGUAGUGGUGAGAUUUUUGUGUGUUUCUAAUAAAAACAAUGGAAUCACAUUUCAGGACAGGUGGACCCAGCAAAGUUUUCUGCCCUUACAAGUGUUUCCAAGGUGCAGGUAGAAGAGGAUAAAAACUCAAGAAGUUAAAGCCACAGCAACACUUGCAGGUCAAAGACCAGUGUCAGAAUGCCCAUAUUACUUUAGGCUUUGAAAGUACCAUGAUGUUUAAAAAAAUUAUAAAUAUCAGUAGACUAUACAAUAGAAUGCUUAUAAAAAAUAUAUUAUCAAUUGACCCCUCUAUCCGUUUUCUUAACAACUUAUCCAAUUCAAGGUCACAGGACGCUGGUGCCCUUCACAUGUAAAAAGUCAAAACCCAUACAACACAUAAUCCAUUAGAAUUAUACUUAUUGUUAACUAUUAACUAUUUCUUUAAGCGCUGAUCAAGUACAGAGACACUCAAGAAGCAUACCAUGGGUCAGCGCCGGAAAGUGGCAGCAGGGAAUAACCCUUCAUCUCAGAGAAACUCUGGAGUUUCUGCACAGGCUGCCAGGGUCCACAGCAGGAAGCACAACAUCUGCAUGGUGUCUGACUUUUUCUAUCCAAACAUGGGAGGAGUAGAAAGUCACAUUUACCAACUCUCCCAGUGCCUGAUUGAAAAGGGGCACAAGGUGGUAAUCGUCACUCACGCCUACGGCAGGAGGAAGGGUGUCCGGUACCUGACCAAUGGCCUGAAGGUAUACUACCUGCCCCUGCAAGUGAUGUACAACCAGUCCACAGCCACCACCUGCUUCCACAGUCUCCCGCUGAUGCGCUGUGUGUUUGUCAGGGAGCGCAUCACCGUCGUGCAUGCACACAGCUCCUUUUCUGCCAUGGCCCAUGAUGCAUUGUUCCACGCUAAGACCAUGGGUCUUAACACAGUUUUCACUGACCACUCGCUCUUUGGCUUUGCUGACCUCAGCUCUGUCCUGACCAACAAGCUCCUGACUGUGUCGCUGUGUGACACCAACCACAUUGUGUGUGUGUCCUACACAAGUAAGGAGAACACAGUUCUACGCGCAGCACUCGACCCAGAGAUAGUGUCCGUUAUUCCCAACGCUGUCGAUCCUACAGACUUCACACCAGACCCCUCCCAGCGACAAGAUGACAGGAUCACAAUUGUUGUCAUCAGCCGUCUCGUCUAUCGGAAAGGAAUUGAUCUUCUUGGUGGAAUAAUCCCGGAGCUUUGUCUCAAACAUCCUGACCUCCACUUCCUGAUUGGCGGAGAGGGACCAAAGAGAAUUGUUCUGGAGGAAGUGAGGGAGAAAUACCAACUACAUGACAGGGUACGUCUGCUGGGCGCUCUGGAGCACAAAGAUGUGCGUGGGGUUUUGGUUCAAGGCCACAUCUUCCUCAACACGUCGCUCACUGAAGCGUUCUGCAUGGCCAUUGUGGAAGGAGCCAGCUGUGGACUGCAGGUGGUUAGCACUCGUGUGGGAGGCAUUCCAGAGGUGUUACCUGAGGGUUUGAUUACCCUGUGUGAACCCACCGUCCGUUCAUUGUGCGCCGGUCUGGAAGCGGUCAUCGCUCGGCAACGAUCGGGCAACGUCCCGUCGCCUGCUUCCAAUCACGUGCGUGUGCGAAACCUCUACACCUGGAGGAAUGUUGCGGAGAGGACCGAGAAAGUGUACGACAGGGUGGUCGGAGAGGAAGUUCUUCCCCUGGACAGACGGUUACGGAGGCUGAGGGCUCACUGCGGCCCCGUCGCUGGCUCCAUCUUUGCGUUUGUGGCCGUGCUGGACUUCCUCUUCCUGCUGCUCCUGCAGUGGCUGAUGCCUGAUGGGGUCAUGGAUCUCGCCGUCGACGCCACAGGCCCUCGGCGACAGUGGAGACAGGAAAAGAGCCAUAAAAAUGAGGCUUACUCCUGAUGUGCCACAGAGAGCAACAGAAACAGAAAGUUGAUGACAGUGACCUCUCAGCACCUCUGCCUCUCUUCAAACUGCUUAUAUAAGUUUCCUAUGUGAUCUUCAUGGUGCGGGCUAACAUUUUGUUUACAUUUACUCACCAAAAGGGAGUUGGUGGAAGAGACUUUUUUAAAUAACUGGAAUUUGUUGCACACCUUGAGAAUUUAUAAGCACUUUUUGAAAAUGUAAAGAUGACAUUGAACAGAGAGGGUAAAGGGCUGGCUGCUUGUAAGCUCACAGGGAAACAAAGCUACUGUAACUUAUCGAGAGACCUCAAAGUUUGUUUUUUAAAUAAAAUCCACUGUUUUGUGAA